AUGUCCGACAAAGUCGUUAAUCCCAAAAGAAAAAGAAGUAGAUAUCCUCGAAAAGUUGUGCAGAAGUUAAAGUCUGUCGGGCAAGCUAUUGAACCUAAUUUACCAGUCAAUGGUGUCUCAAGUGCCGAUAAACCAUCUUCAAACAAUGCAUACUAUCCUCAUUGGUCUCAUGAUGACCUAAUUUCGGGUGUCAGGAAUGGAACACUUCUAUCGGGCGGCCUUCGUAUCAAUCCGAAAAACUUCGAAGAUGGAUACGUAAAGCAUCCGGCUGGUGAUGCUGAUGUAUAUAUCUCAACUUUAGCAUCCAGAAACCGAGCACUACCAAAUGAUAUCGUUGCUGUCAUGUUGGAACCAAAGCGUAACUGGAGGGUAUUUGAUUCUUUUAUCGAUGAAUCAACCAUGAGAGAAAUCGGGGAUUCAAAUCAGAAGAAGAAACCUAGAUAUGUUACUUUGGAGCAGUUUCUUAAGAUUCAACCUAUGGGGUUAGAACAACUCAUAGGAAGUCGUCUUGCAGAAGAGAUCAUACGGGAUCUAGAUUCACCUUUAGAUCCUACGGAUUCCUCCUCAGGUGAGCAUGAUGUGCAAAGUCACAGAGCUUGGUGGGCGAUUAUACAAAGGACUGGCCAUGUUGUUGGAAUCCUUCAGUCUCUACAUUCCCGUGCUUUCAUUGGAAAUCUUCAAAUUCCUAGUAAUUUCCAAACUCCGAAAAAAGUAUCUCCGAAAGGUGAUCAGAAUAAUAACCAAUCAGAACCUAUGCGUACAGAUCCAGCUCUGUCUAAUUGGAGGAAUGCUGUGCUCAUACCUACGGAUACACGCCUACCACGAGUCUUCAUACCUCGUGAAGCUUGUCCGGAAGGAUUCCUGAAAAAUCCAGAAACCUACAAAAACGUUCGUUUCAUUGGUCGUAUCACUGAAUGGCUUAAUUCGAGUAUGUUCCCAAAGGGGGAGCUGUUACGAGAAUUGUCUUGUGAUUCUUCCACUUUGAUUCAGGAUGAGACGGAUAGGAUUUUAGUUGGUGCAGGAUUUAUUUGGGGUUUGGAUGCAGCUUUUCAGUUUCCUGAUAUUGUCAUUGAAUCAGUUCGUUGGUGUACAUAUAGCUGA